GUCAAAGGUCGGCAUUGUAUGGCAGCUGGCGGCUGAUAGCGGCGCACGAUCCCUCCCCACAACAUGUAGAUUUUGGCUCGUUUUAGGGCUGAUUUCAUUGUCAAUAGCUGCGCAGAAGUUGGCAGAUUGUACAGGAAUAUGACUGUUGUUUGUGGGGCCCUUUCUGAGCCUCCGUGAGCGGCAAACCCGUGACCGGGCAUCGUGCAAUCUAGGGUAGAUAUGGCGGCAGCACCAGCCGCCGCGGCCGGGGGAAGUGGUCCUGUGAACACCGCCUUCCUCCUGGACCUGAACACCGGACAGAGACAUGAACUGGGCACCAGGCGAGAUGUGACCAUAGGAUCUGGUAAAGAUGUUGAUAUUGCCAUAAAAGGUGAAAGUGAGCCGGGAGUGUUCUGUGUGGUUAACACUCGUGAUGGGGGCUUCCUUCUGUCUGCCGCCCAACAGGGGAGUUUGAGCUGUUCUAUCAACGAUGUGGAACUGGGGGAACCAACACAGCUGACCCAGGGGUGUCUUGUCAGGGUGGGGAGGCAUGGUCUCUUCAGGUUUGAGAGAAAAAGGGAGGAGAGGAGACCCACCUCUGUGUCCUCCCCCCUGUCCCCUGAGUGGUGUGUAGUGGUACAGCCCAGUCUGGACUCAGACCUGCUGGAACACCUGACGACACCUGACCAGGUGGCUAACCUGGCAUCCUCCAUCCUGAGCCGGCAGCUGCUGACCUUACCUGACCUCCAGCCUACACCACAGCUGGUGGAUACACUGUUCAAGGCAUUACAGGAGGUAUCUGAGGUGGACCAGGAGGUUCUGGUGGAGUUUGUGCGGGAGUUUUACCAGGAGACAGGACAGGAGAACAGUGAUGGGAGGGGAGAGACACCUGCGGGCCGGGUGCCAGGUCACACCUGCAUCAUACAGCUGCUGGUUCAGCUGCUCAGGUUCUCCCUGGACCCCGUUCAGCACAACAUCCUGUGGCUGCGUCUGCUGGCAGCACUCAGCACCUUCACAGCUAACCUGCAGGCCCUGGUGGAGUGUAAGGCCUCCCCAGCUGUACAGGGCGCCAUGGCGGCUCACCACUGCAGCGCAGAGCUGCAGCUGUACAGCUGCCAGGUGCUGGGGCAGCUGGCAACAUACAGGCCACUUCCAGGCGAGAAGGCCCCUGUGCGUCAGUCUGUAGUGGAACUGGUGGUGCGUGCCAUGGAUGAACACAAGGGUGAGGAGAGAGUGGUGCAGGCUGGGUGCAGGGUGCUGGCAGCCCUGGUGCAGACCAUGUCAUCAACUAUCAACUUUGUGGUCCUGGCAGGACUGGAAUACACAGAGGAAGAUGGCAGCCUGUCCAGGACGGAGGCAUUUGUGGAGACAGGACUGGCCGUGCUGGACUUUGUACAGCAGGUUGCCAUGGUUACGGUGAAGGACGUGAUGUCGCUGUACCCACAGAACCUGUCUGUACAGCAGGACGGCUCAUGUAUAACCACAUACUUCACACCAGUCACAGAGUGCCAUGACACAGACCAAGAGGUAAAUGCAGUUAAAGAAACUCAGUCAAACAGACCGAUUCUCAAGACAAGGACAAGGUCAGAUUCAAAGUCUGAGAAGAGGGUGAGCUUUGCUGAAGACACUAAGUCAGCAACUAGUGAAUCUUCAUCUGACAGUGAAGACGAAUCAGAAAAAGACUCUGUAGUGGUAAUGAGAGAAAGUAAAGAUGAAACUCUGGAGUCUACAGACAAGAUUGCUGAGUUAGAAGGUGAGUCUGUUUCUGGAACAGCACCUAUAACCUCUCAGACUUCCCCAAAGCAACCUGGUGACAAUCCUGUGGUAGAAGCCACUCGUGUUGAUGCAAAGAAUGCAAAGAUGGUAAAGACAUCCUCUCCUCAGUCUUCACCAUCUAAACAGAAUAAAAAGAAAACAGAUAAGGACCGUGGAAAGGAAAAGACUGUAGGAAAAUCCAGCAAAGACAUUCCUGUGCAAUUUUAUGUGAAGCCAAAGGCAGAACAUCGUCCUGAAGAAAAGCACACUGUCAAUGGUCAUGACAACACUGAGUUCAAACCUUCUCUUGAAACACAACAAGUUACCACUAUUUCAUUACAACAAGGAACUGAUAACUGCAUCGGUUUGAGUGAAGCUAGGCCAACCUCCUUGCCCCUAGAAGAAGUGGUAUUUUCUGAAGAGACAUCAGUGCACUGGAAUGGCAACGGAACAGUGGUCUCUCCCAUGGGGCAGGGACGGAGGAAGUGGGGUACUGUGAAGAACCCGCCACUAGAUCUGGACAUAGAGGAGAACAGUCUGGCAGGCAGUUACAUUGAAGUGGAGGUGGAGGAUAUUGGGGUGGUGGCAGCUGACUUGGAGGAGUCCUUGGAGAAUGGUGAGGUCAUGAUGGAGAGGCCAGCAAGGAGGAAAUGGGGAAGUAUUAAGGUUCCGCAGCCUCCAAUGCUGGAGUCAGAGAGCCCAGAGAUGAAUGGGAGUAUCACCCCUAAAGAAGAAGUUACAGAGGAAACCUGUGUAGAGAAAGUCCACAAUGGGCACAGUGACUUUUGUGACACCUUGGCAAGAAGAACAAGGGUGGUGAACUUCAUCCUGGACCUGUGGACCAAUCGUAAGAAACGUCUGCAGGCUGCGGACAGUCUGGCCAAGCCGGCGCUGCAGCUGCUGACGGAGGCCGGGUACGACCAGGAGGAGGUGUCGUCUCUGCCGGAGGACGAGAGGGACAGUCCGCUGGUGGUGUGGGACGCCGCAGCCUGCUGCAAUGUGCUGGACACACUGUGUGCCAACAGGUCCCACUGGUCUCUGGGCGUGGCCUCAAGACUUCUCCCCCAGGUGGAGGCAGUACUGAAGCAGCAGUCCUCAACAAGACUGGCUGCAAGUGCUUUACAGACUGUGCAGCGUGUGCUGGUGCUUGUGCUGGACCGCCUGGGUACAGAGAUCAACCCCGACAAAAAUGGUGAGGUAUCGUUGCGUGAUGCGGAGGUUCGACAGGUGUGCUGGACAACACUGCACAACAUCCACCAGGCGGUCCAACAACUGCUGCAUGAUGGGAUACCUUCCCAUGAGAUAGAAAAUGAUGCUGAGUGUCACCAGCUCCUGACAUCCAUCAAGGCACUCCUAAACCCCUUUGUUGUCCCCAUUUCCCCUGAUUGAAAAAGGUGGAAGUAAUCUGGAUAACAUCCACUUAAGGAGAGUUCAGACAACUUCUUUCAGAGUCUGUAAAACAGCUCUGAUUUUAAUAUCAAUUUUCAGUAUUGACAUCUAGGCAUACAUGUACUACGAUGUAGCAGAGUUAGUAUGUUGUACAGAAAACUUUAAAUUAUUGAAGAGAUGAUUGAUAUUAUGGCUAUGGUGUUUUUAAUGGAGACAGCUGGAGACAAAAAAGUGUGACAUUUUUUGUAUCAAUGCAGCGAAGUGAUUCUUCCAAUCUGCAGUUAUUUGAUCUCAUACCUUCCACAGGAAAUUUUAAAGGAAUGUGCAAUUUUUCUAUGUCUAGCAAAUGUAAGAUUAAAUUUGUCUUAACUGGCUAUAGCAAAGCAACAAUUGGAUUAUUCAAAUUAAAACUUGUAUGGGAAAUCAUAUGAAUGGGGGUGUCUAAGCCACUUUUUGAUAUCCAAUUGUAAAGAUUAAUAUUUUAUCAUAUCAUCUAUCAAAGUAAAACGUGCAGAAUUUGAUAUUCAUGACUGUUGUAUGUUUGGAAAUCCAUACAUCUCAUUGCAAUCAAUGUUGUUUAAAUAACUCCCUCAACAUAGAACCACUGUAAAAUGAUUUUCAGAUAUUGUGUAACAUAUCAUACUAUAUGUUUAUAUUCAAUAUUUAUAAAUAUUCAAUACCGUAAUGAUCAAUAAUCUAUUAAGCAAAUAAUGAUAAAUCUC